AUGGAUACAACAAAAAUUAUAGUUUUGAUUCAGUAUAAUGGUCAUUGUAAUGAUGAUAAGGAAUAUAGAGAUUUCAAAAUCAAAGGAGCUUCAAUUGACAAAAAUUGCAAUUAUAAAGCAUUGUUAGAUAUGGUGAAAAAACUACUGAAGCUUGAAGAUUCUGAUUAUAAAAUCGAAAUACGAUAUCAAGUCAAGAAUCAUUUACCAGAAAUUACAAUAGAUGAUGAUCAAGCUCUGUCAUUCUAUUUCGAUUUAAAACAAACAGAAAGUGAUAACACAAUGUUUCCAAUUUGUGUUGAUUAUCAAGAUAUAUCUGAACAAAAUUCUUACUACUCAAUUGGACAUAAAUUAGCUGAUUAUGAAAUUUCUGAAGAACUAAAUUUUAAGAAUUUCUUAAAAUGUGGUAAAAAAGAUGCAAGAUAUCGAUUCACAUAUUCAAAGGCAAGAUACAUUGAAAUGAGAGAAGGACAAAUGUUCAAGGAUAAAGAAAUAUUAAAAGAGGUAAUUGCAAUUUGUGCAAUUAAAGAGCAUUUUCAGUAUAAAGUGUAUAAAUCAUGCAAGCUUGUAUACAUCAUCAAGUGCAUUACUGAAGAUUUCUUAUGGAAAAUGAGAGCUUCUAAGUCAGUACGAUCAGAAGUUUUUGUUAUAAAAAAGUAUCAUAAUCAUCACAACUGUACGAUUGAAUCAAGAUUGACAAAAAAUAACAAAGCAAAGUCAAAAGCAGUUGGCAAUAUAAUCAAACACAAACUGCUUGAUAUAAAGAAUGAUUAUAAACCAAAUGAUAUCAUAAAUGAUAUGAGAGCUGAGUAUGGUUUAAAUAUGGGUUAUCAACAAGCUUGGAGAUCAAGGGCUAAAGCAAGGGAGAGCAUAGCUGGAAAACCAAUUGAUUCAUACAGUUUACUACCAAGUCUUAUGUAUAUGAUAAUGACGAAGAAUCCAGGCUCGUCUAUAGAGCUAGAAAGUAGAAAUGGAAGAUUUCUUUACAUUUUCAUGGCGCUACAUGCUUCUAUUGCUGGUUGGAAAUACUGCAGACCUGUUAUAGUAGUCGAUGGAACUUUCUUAAGUUCAUGUUCAAAAGGAAUGCUUUUAUCUGCAGUAACUCAAGAUGGUUGUGGUAAAAAAUUUCCAUUAGCUUACUGCAUAGUUGAUUCAGAAAAUAACCAGUCAUGGGAAUGGUUCUUCCAUAGGAUGAGAGACUGUUUUAGAACAAGAGAGGAAUUAUGUAUUGUUUCUGACAGACAUGAUAGUAUUAGCAGAGCAAUUAAAAUUGCGUAUCCUGAAGCAUUUCAUAGGAUAUGCAUUUAUCAUUUGCUGAACAAUGUUAGAGGAAAAUUCAGAAAAGAUUCUGAAAACUUUCGCAUUCAUUUCAUUUCAGCUGUUAAGGCAUACACAGAAGAAAAAUUCAAGUUCCACAUGACACAGCUUGAUAAUAUUGAUGCAGGGAUAAGGAAAUAUCUUACUGAUGUUGGAUUUGAUAAAUGGGCCAGAACUGAGGCAAAUCACAACAAAUAUUGCACAAUGACUUCAAAUAUUGUUGAAUCAAUGAAUGAUGUUAACAAGGCAGCAAGGAGUCUACAUGUGUGUGCAUUGCUUGAAUUAUUGCGUGCUACCAUACAAGAUUGGCAUCACAAAUAUAGGACGCUGGCAAAGUCAACAACAUCAAUCUUAACAAGGAAAGCAGAUGAAAAUCUAAAGAAAAAUUACAUUGCCUCGCUGCCAUUAAAGGUUGUCCCUCUUAAUGAUUUUGAUCACGAUGUGCAUGAUAUGGAGAUUAUUUACACAGUUAACAUAGAAAAAAAGACAUGUACGUGUAGAAGAUUUCAACUUGAUGGGAUUCCCUACAUUCAUGCUGUAGCAGUCUUCAGAUUUUUGAAAUGUGAUCCAAUUCAAUAUUGCUCAACAUAUUUCUUGAAUGAAACAAUGAUGAAGACAUACAGUCAGACUAUCUACUCAAUUGGAAUUCCAAGUUCGGGGACUGUACCGGAUUUUGUGAAAGAAAUAAACAUUUUACCACCAGAAAAGAAACAAAAAGCAGGAAGGCCCAAGAAGACUAGAUACAAAUCCUAUAGAGAAAAAUUGUCUACUAACACAUGCUCUAAAUGUAAGAAAAAUGGUCACAACAAGAAGACAUGUAUUGCUGUAGCAGCAAUUUUUCAUUAA